AUGCCCGGCUGGAUGGUUAAGCUUGUGACAGUUGCUCCCGACUUCUCCUCCUUUCUUCUCCCUUUUCCGUCGUCUCCUCCAUUUUUCCCGUCCUCUGCUCCUCAAACGCGACCACCGCUCGUCCGGUCGAUUUGCUGCCUCCAUCUGCGAAGAACAGUCGCCGCCGCAGGGAGACGAAGUCGAAGACGCAGACGAACACAUCCCCUUGUUCGACGAAGACGCAGCUGCGUUCGUCGACCCUCCUUCUCCGUUUUUCCAACCGACAGUCCUGGUCGUCGUCUCCAUCUGCCCUCCCCAUCUCGCCGGCGCAUCUGCCCUCCUAAUCUCACCGCCUCCUUGCUCGAUUUCUUCCCCAAGAUAGAUGUUCUGUUAUUGACCACUACACAAUCUAUGUUUGAAGUUCAAUUAAACGCUAGCAUGUUACAUGGUUUUUUUGUUCGUGGCAUUAUUGAAUACAACUUUAGAAUAAUUAGGGUUCUUCCUUUAGCCCAUGAGUUUUUGCAGCUGCUUCUCCGUGCUAAACUAAUGUUCUUUUAUUUUGAAGGUUUAUAUUAACAUAUAUUAAAGCAUGCAGCAAGCAUUCUAUGAAUCAAAGACUGAGAGAAUCACGAAGGGAAUGCACUCUCUCAACAGACGAGUUGAUGUAAGCAGAUUCCAAAGCUAUCAAGAUUAAACGGGAACUGUUAAGACUAAGUACCUCAGCAACAGCCUCUUCAGUGAGAGAAGAAAUACCAAACUGCAGGUUUUGGUUUCGUCAUGCAAGAAACCAUAUUAACCAGCGUUUCCUUGGCUUUCGAGUACACCGCCCUAAAGCGUAUCUUCUGGAAUCGAAAAGACGUAAAUACAAAAAUAAGGACCGGGAAGAACGAAAUGGCGUACAAGGUGAUGUCCGUCCACUUCCUCCCACUGCUGACAGUUAGAAUGAGCGUUGACGCGAAUGCAAGCAUCAACAUCGCCACUGAGAUCGUCAACAUCACAAGCCCUGCUUUCAACUUACGACCAAGAGAUCUUUCGAAAUCCUUAAAUCGAUAUGAUGAUGUGAUGAUGUUGAGAAACAUGAUAACUGAUGUCAAAGCUGCUGAGAGAGACAUUGCAUCUGCUACUGUAAAAAAGAAGAACAAAGGUUUUUCCUUAAGAACUGGCUGACCCGUCUUUGGAUUUGGACCUCCGGGUACUGUAUACGCUGCCGCAAACGCAACGGUGGCAAUCAGCACUGCAACAACUGUGUAAUUUUUUGCAUUCUCGGUCAUCCAUUCUUUGGCUUCCUUACGACGUUUAUCAUUUCCCUCAUUAAACUCCUGUUCAGCAGUCUUGGAUCUUGAGUUCAACUUCAUUUUGUCCAAGUACGUACGCAGGACCUUUUAAAUCUGAAUCCACAUCUUCUACCUCUUCGGCAACCAUAUGCAGCAAGGUGUUUGCAUCGUUAUCGAUCUUUCCUCUCAAUCGCUCCUUUGCAUACCUCGUAUUGACCACCAUAUCAAAAAUUUCAUGGUUACGAUUUUUGAUUGCUACAUGUAAAAUGUUACGCCCAUCUUGAUCAAUAUGUUCGAUUGCCUGAGGGUACAAAGUUAGUAUUUCCUCAACGAUCUGCGGGCACCCAUGUUUCGUUGCUAAUAAUAGUGGAGUAUCCGGCAAACGAGCAGCAGAUUCAUAAGUUAUGAUUUCUUCUUGUGUUAUGGAUGAAGUUUUUCCAUAUUCAUGAUAUUUGGAUUUAUGUUUUGUUAUCCUUGAUGCAGUUUUUUCCCAUGAAGUGUCUUUUUUUACCAAGAGCUUAACUAGUUUCAUUGCCCAUUCGCAUUUGAACUUCUGUUUUCGCAACUUCUUCAAGGGGGGCAACAUCCAACUGGUGUCUUCAACAUUUGGAUCAAUUACUAGCAUCAAAAAGUAGGAAAAUUUAUUAGUCUUUUUCACAACAGCAUAAGAAUAGCAUAGAAGUGCAUGGUUAGUAUCAUCAUACAGUUGUAUAUAAUGCGCACGAAGAAAUUAUGUGGAGGGAGUUCUAGUGGACGGCAGGAAAGAAGUUGAAGAGGAACUUAAAGAUCUUAGUCUUGCCAUGUCGAGCUGCAUAGAAUAAAGCGGUCUCUCCUUGCUUGUUGGACAUACUGAGCAACAUAGGAGCCCUUCGUAGCAUUUCCGCUGCAGCUACAACUGUCCUAUUGUUAGUGCCCGCCUCAUGGAGGAUGGUACUUCCGCCAUUAUUUUGCCAAGUGAGUUUGUGAGAAUCGCACAAAGGCACCAUGUUCAGGAGCUGAAGCACAAGAUCGUUUUUCUUGUGGUAAGUGGCAAUAUGGAUGACGGUAUCUUCAUGUAUUGUAACUGUAUGCAAUGGACCCUUGGGAAUGCUUGCACAUAUGUCGAGCACUUUGUCGUCGUCCUUCUGCAUCAGAGCUUCAUACAACUGGGAAUUAAUCUUCAUGUCUUCGGUAUCCAUGGGGAGAGAGAGAGAGUGUGUUUGUUUGAGUUUUGUUUAUCAAGACCUUGUAAAGCCUAGUGCAUAUAUUUAUAGACACAUUUGUUAUUAGGAACCUAGACAUAGUUAGAAAGCAC